AUGAAGAGACAGCGGCGGCGCAAGGUUGGGCCUGUCGGACAAACGUCUUCUGCUUACGCUACCAUCACUGACCUGCCGAACGAACUUGUCGAAAAAAUCGUUGAAGACGUGGAUGAUGACGGAUCCAUUUUUCGGCUGAGCCUCACAUGCAAGAGGCUUCACUUCCUGGUCCUUCCUACGUUCUUCUCCCGCAGCGAUUUGGAAGAUCUGCAAAACGGGUUCUUUCGUUGUCAUGAUCCCGGACCAAACUUGCUAGAGGCCUUAAGAAUGGCCCUCUUCGUUCGCCAUCUCUCAACAUUUACAUUUUACUUCACUGGGGGGAUUGAGCAAGUGAUGUCAGACAUUCUCAGUCUACGUGGUUUACUGGCGCGCAUUCCACCGGUUGGCACAAUCCAUCUAGGCCUUCCGGAUUAUAUUUGGAACCUAGACAGGGAGAGGUGGGGAAAGGCGUUUCUGAAGCUUUUAGAAUCAAUCGCCAACAGUGGGUGCAGAGAUCUGGGGUUGCUUAAUCCGAGAGGUUAUCCGCCCAGCUAUGAUUUUUGUGACAAUUUGUAUGUCGCGACACCUCUUUCCGCGAUCGCGAAAUCUACAGGCGCCAAGUCUAGGGGGACGAGAAAAUCGGGAAGACUCCGCAAUGCCACGCACCCCCAUUCAACUGGGAUGUCGACGAUAAAGCUUCUUUCGUCAAGUCUCUUCCAGCCGUUUUUUAUGGGAUGGAUCAUUCAUAUGCUGGAGGUGAAUCAAGAUUCCCUCGUCUGCAUUCAACUCAAUGUCGCUUCCAUAUACCAGACGGGCAUCCUACCAAGCAUCCUUGACUCUAUGAAUUUACCGGCGGUAAAAGAGGUCGAGAUCUCCUCUCGCUUCCAUAUUUCCGGGGUGGAUAUGUGCAGCUUUCUAAAUCGCCAUCCGUCAAUCAACAGUCUACACCUCGACGGAAUCCUCCCAUUCAAGGAUCCUCAAAUCCCUGAUCCCCCAAUUAUACUCCCAUACUUGACACAGUUAACCGCGUUGCCACCGAUGCUGACCUCACUUCUCCAACAUCGGAACAUGGUGCCCCUUCUUUCCUCCGUCCAUGUCUUACUUAAUGGGAAUCAUGAAUCCGAGUUGGACCUCCUGGUAGCUGUUGCCACACACAACCAUAUCUCGUCUCUGCAGUUCUCCACUGUUCUGGUGAACGAUUUCUCCUUGGCCUUUGAGAGCUAUAUCCGCGAAGAUAAAUCUACUCGAAUAAUUACCUCCCUCGCUCAUAUCAGGAGUGUCGUUUUGAACAAACCUGAUCCUGUUCAUCCUGGCAAAUCCUCGCCGCUCACAGUAAAGAGGUGGCUUUACCUCUUCCCCCAUCUGGAACAUGUAACUUUGAGCUUCCGUCUAUUAGAUGACAGGGUAAAAUUGUCAGAUGAGGAGAGGCAUGGUGUAGUCAUUGAGUUUGCCACUCAAUUUGCAGCUGACCGCCCGACGAUGAAAACAUUAUCAGUUGAAUCCUUACCGGCAGUCAAUUUGGACGACUUGAGGAGGAUGCCUGGCUUCAAGAACACCCCAGCGGCCGGGUCUAGAAAAUCAAAUAGAGCGUUACAUAGGAAAGAAUGUAGCUGCAAAUGA